AUGACUUAUGUAGAUCUUAUUCGCAUUGAUCCCUUUAAUACCAACUCUGACGAAGCUUCCCCCAUGGCUACUCUUUCACAUGACGGCUUCACUAAAUCUGGCAUUCUUAAGACAUCUCCUCCACCUCCCCCUCCUACGACUAUUCCAUCACCUUGUGAGAUUGCGGACAAUCCUAAUUAUUGGUCGACGCAUCCUCAAUGCUAUGGACAAGGAAUUAACUGCUCUGCACCAUACUCAUACUUGGGAUUUGGUUAUUCUCAAGAGUAUGACAUGGAUUAUGAGAAAAUUUUUGCCCCUAUUGCUAAAAUGACCAUUGUUCAUAUGUUAAUUGUCGUUGCCUCUAUUCGUCAAUGGAAAAUAUCUCAGAUGGAUGUUAAGAAUGAUUUCUUGAAUGCAAAAGGCGAAGCCCUCGCCCCCAGGGCCCCCACCGACCGGACCCACGGCCAUCGUGAGGGAGGUGAAAUAACAAUGUUGAGGUAUUUUAAGAAAAUACGAGAUGAACCUACUUCAAACAAGUCAUCUCCCCCUCCACCACCUCCUCCUCCUCCGCCUCCUCUACCAGCUCCUCUUGAUGCUGACUCAAAUGAGUAUCCUAGUGAUCCUGGGCUAAGAAAGCACAUUCUUGAGUAUAAUGUUAAUGAAAGGGAGAUUGUUCGGCGUUACUAUUUGCAAAAAGAAUACAGCAUUGCAAAAGAUGCGGCUUUUUGUCUUUAUUGCUAUUUAUUCAAAGCGGAUCAUGGUGGUCAAAGUGGUGGUGAUUCUUUUGUUACUGAGGGAUUUAAAAAUUGGAGAAAGAAAGAAAAAUUUAAUGAACAUGUUGGAAAUCAGAGCAGCAUUCACAACAGGUGCAUGAUGGCGGCUUAUGAUUUAAUGAAUCAAAAACAACAUAUUGAAACUUGUUUGGUCAAUCAGUCUAGUCAAGUAGCUAUCGAUUAUCGUGUUCGUUUGACAGCAUUAAUUGAUUGCAUAAGAUUUCUUGUGCGUCAAGGAUUAGCAUUUCGUGGUCAUGAUGAAUCAACAAACUCACUCAAUCAUGGUAAUUUUCUUGAAUUGUUAAGAUUUCUUGCUGACCAUAAUGAGGAUAUCAAUAGAGUUGCACUAGACAAUGCUCCCUCAAAUCUCAAAUUGACAUCGCCUGAUAUUCAGAAAGAUAUUAUCAUAUCCAUUGCUUAUUUAACCACUAAUUCUAUUCUUGGAGAUCUCGGUGAUGAAUUAUUUACUAUAUUGGUUAAUGAGGCUCGUGAUAUAUCUGUUAAAGAACAAAUGACAGUUGCUUUACGGUUUGUAGAUGAAAGGGGAAAUAUUGUUGAGCGCUUUCUAGGCCUUGUACAUGUAAGCGACACUACUGCCUUAUCACUUAAAACUGCUAUUGAUUCUUUGUUGUGCCAACAUGGAUUAUCUAUAUCUAAUUUGCGGGGGCAAGGAUACGAUGGAGCUAGCAAUAUGAGAGGAGAAUUCAAUGGCUUAAAAAGCUUAAUUAUGAUGGAGAACCCUUCUGCUUAUUAUGUUCAUUGUUUUGCUCAUCAACUGCAGCUUACACUUGUAGCUGUUGCUGAAAAUCAUAUAAGAAUUUCUACUUUUUUUGAUGUGGUUGCACAAUUGAACAAUAUUGUUGGAGCGUCAUGCAAGCGAAGAGAUAUACUUCGUGACAAACAAUUUGAAAAAGUUAUUAAAGGAAUUUGCAAUGGUGAUAUCUUCACUGGACAAGAGGAGGGAAAAGAUCACAAGCAAAGGGCACAAACAAAUAAUUUGUUGGAAUUGAUUGGAAAAUAUGAAUUUAUAUUUCAGAUGCACUUAAUGAAGAAUAUCUUGGGAGUCACGAAUGAUUUGUCGCAAGCUUUACAAAGAAAAGAUCAAGACAUUGUAAAUGUCAUGAUUCUUUAUGAGGUAGUCACCCCGCACAUGGAAGACUUGUUCGUCUUUCAAGGGAGAUCACGACGAAAUAUUGAAGGAAGGACAAAUCUUCACUAUUAUCGUGUUGAAACAUUUUGUGAAGUGAUAGAUUUGCAACUUCAGGAGUUGAACAGUCGCUUUAACGAGGUGAACACGGAGUUGUUGUUGUGUAUGAGUUGUCUUGAUCCAUCAAAUUCAUUCUCUGCUUAUGAUAAGAGAAAAUUACUUCAGUUUGCUCAGUUUUAUCCAUCCGAUUUUUCCCCAAUGGAGUUAAUGCAUCUUGAGCCCCAACUUGAUAACUUUAUUUUUGAUAUGCGGAGUAGCAAUCAAUUCUCUGAGGUUGUGGGGAUUAGCCAGCUUGCUAAAAGGAUGGUUCAAUUGAAAAAACAUCGUCUGUAUCCUUUGGUGUAUUUACUUUUGAAGUUAGCAUUGCUAUUACCUGUUGCAACUGCAACUGUAGAGAGAGUGUUUUCAGCAAUGAAAAUAAUCAAAACCUCACUUCGAAAUCGGUUGGGAGAUGAUAUGAUAAAUGAUUGUUUGAUACCAUAUAUUGAGCGAGAUGUGUUUAAUACCAUUGAUAAUGAAGCUAUUAUUCAGCAUUUUCAAAAUAUGAAAUCUCGAAGAGUGAUAUUGUAA